ACCACAGGUCAGAAGUUAUUUAGGUGGAGAUGUGACGCCCACUUUCGACAUGGCAUUCUUUGACUGGACUGAUUAUGAAGAUAUGAGGCAUCCUCCCAAAAAGCUAUUUUCUAAGAAGCGCGGUUCUGACAAACAGGCCACAAAAAGCCCCAGCACUGAACCUGUGGCACUUACAUCAGAUAAGAGCUGCAAACAUCACCUAGAUUGUCUGCCAGGGUCCUGCUGCAACCUCAGGACACAUGUAUGUGAGCUCCACAACCGCGGCUUCAACAACAAGUGCUAUGAUAACUGCAUGUGUGAGGAAGGGCUUCGGUGCUAUGCUAAAUUACACAGGCAUUACCGCAUCACACGCAAAAAGGGACAGUGUGUUGAUCCUGAGGGUAUAAGCUUAAACCGUGGCAUGUUCAUUAUGGUUUAAAUGAGGCAGGAGAAUUUGUCAUAUUUUCCUUUCCAAAUGCAUGCUAUUAUAUUUCCACUAUGUUGGAACAUUUUAUAUUCAUCCUUGUCAAUGUUCAUGUAUAUCCUAUUAUUGCUUUCUUAGCAAAAUUUGUAAAAUAAGACAGAUGAUGAUAAUUGCAGGAGAACAUGUUACUGUACCAGCAAGGCCAGUUGAUUCAAAUGAAUGAAUAUUGAGCUACUGUGUGUAUAUGUGUGAUAUUAAGAUUAAGAUUGUCAUUGUGAAAAUAAAUAAAUAAUUGUAUUCAUUGAAAGUUAUUGCAUGAAGACAUAAGUAGUUUGCAUUUUGUGUUCAUAUGGUUGAGUGUUGAGUAGAUCAACUUGACUUGAGCAUGCAAAGACAGUCUAUUUAAUGUUGCAACUGCACCGUCUGCCGGGGCCCCAGCUUCCAGUCAGACGAGCAGUUUCGGAAUGGACACACAAAGAAGGACACAAGGGAGAUCUCCAUCCAUCUCACAUUAUUAAACCAUUAAAUCUUCCUUUCAGCUCGAAUCUGAAUUACUCUUCAACUGCUUGUGCUAUGCUACAAUAAUCCUCUUCAUCAUGCUCAUUGAGAGCCAUGCAGUUGUUAUUAUUGGAGAAAUAUUGUGCUUUAGUAUGUUUUGGGUUAUUCACCAAAUUCCAUUACAUAAAUAAUUAAUUCUUUAUUUUAUCAAGUGUACAUGGGUUGCUGAUUAAAAACAGGA